CCUUCAUUCGUGCGUGUUCGUAGAUUUUGGGCUGCAAGGAUCUCUAGAACUAUAGUGAAAAAUUAUUUAUUUAGUCAAAAAAAGCAAAAAAAAGACUUAGCAUACAAAAUUUACUCUUCUUAUAACUAUAUCAAAAGUAUUUUGGCUUAUAGCAACAGUUUGAUGUAUUUUUAUGGUAAUUUAUCUCUGUUCGGAAAGCACCAUUCGUUGUUGGAUGUUUUUAUUGUCACUGCUUUAUACUUGGUUCGGUAGUUCUAUAAUUUACAAGCAAGGUGCAAAAAAAAAGUUUACUUGUUGAUAGUACAGAAUCGAAUUAACUUUUUGCACUGCUCCCGAGAAUAGUUGUUGUUGUAUAAAAGUGAUUUUCGUUGGACAUUAUAAUUCAUGUUGGAAAUGAGCUACGUGAAAAUUUAUUUAUGGGUUAAGGGACAUCAAAGGACACUUAAUGUACAUUUUUUGUGGAAUUAGAUUAUCUUGUGGAUCGUCAGGAGGAAGGUGCAAAUGAUUUUCUCCCUAUAAAUGAUUUUUUUUUUAUAAAUUUGGCAAAGGAUACGGUGCUACAUUGAAUUCUUCAAAGUAAGGACUAUAGACACAUAGGAAGAGAGCUUGGUGUUCUUAAACGUGGUAACAUAUGUAUUAUAAACAAGCAUUUUCCUGAUGCUAGAAAUGUGUAAAUGAAAUAUAUAACACAAUACCCCAAACGACAUGAAUACUAAUAGAUUCUGAUGUAGAUAAUAAUAAAUUGCUUUAACGUAAAAUCUACAUCCUGUUUCCUGCUACUAUGGUUCAUCAUCACACAACAUCCGAAUGAUAUUCAUUGAAUUUGAAAUGCUAUUGUUGUGAGUUCGCCGCCGUCAUCACAAUCAUCAUCGUAUACAGAGAAGAAGCUUGCAAUCUUUUACAUUUGGUUUUGAAAAGGGAAAAUAAGAAUAUUCAUAGAAAUAUAUACAUACAAACAUAUCUACAAAGACAAACUGUUUUGCAAGGAAAUGGCCGAUGAGACUAAGGGUAGUUAAUCUUACGCAAAAGGUGAAUGUUUCCUUAGAGCUGUUGGUCCUCUCCUCUCCGUCAAAUUUAUUGAGGGAAUUGGGAUGUCAUUAAAAUGGAUCAAAUUGCUAACGCAAAAGUUUACAAGAAAACAUCAUCGAACUCAAUACUUACGCUUUAUAUGGGCAGCAGAGACCUGAUAUCUACAGAUGGAGUUGUUGAACCUUUAAGAGGAGUAAUCGUUGUAGAUCCGAAGUACCUUGCCAGUCAGAAGAUUUACGGACAACUUACUCUUACUUUCCGUUAUGGUAGAGAAGAUGAAGAAGUAAUGGGGCUUAAAUUUUGUAAUGAACUAGUAGUAGCUUUGAAACAACUUUGGCCACGGAUCAAUUACACCGGUGAAAUGACAGUAUUACAGCAAGCUUUGGUCGAUAGGCUAGGAGCUGGUGCCCAUCCCUUUCAAAUAGAUGUUGGAACUAUUGCUGCCCCAAGUGUACAACUUUUACCUGCAAAGAAAUACAGUGGUGAUCCGAUCGGAACAAGUUAUGAUGUUCGAAUAUUUAUGUCGGAUUUGGCAGAUGAAAAAUUACAAGGUAGAACUACAGUGAAAUUAGGAAUUCGAGUGAUAUACAAGAUUCCAACAAACUUUCAGUCAAUUCAAGAGUCAAAUUUAAGUUGGAAAUCGAGUCAAAACAAACAAAGCUUUCGAACUCGAUUGUCACCGAAAAUUCAAAGACUUUGUAGUAGGAGUAAACAACAAGAAGAGACUAGCAAAAGCACAACAGCCAUAAAUAAUUCAGAAGCUGUAAAAAAGAGUAAUGUAAAUAAUGCGGAAGAACGACUCAAGUCCGAUUUUUUCAAAGGUGGUGAAGAGGGACCAGAAAGUUGUACUGAGAAGCUUUUUCUAUGGACUGAGGGUAAUGUCAGUUUAAAAUCAUCAUUGGAUAAAUGCGCCUAUAAGCAUGGUGAAGCUGUGUGUGUUAAAGUUCAUAUAAGGAAUAGUAGUCGUAAAGUUGUACGAAAAAUUAGGAUAGUUGCAGUGCAGCAUGUAGAUGUUUGUAUGUUCAGCAAUGGAAAAUUUAAAAAUAUUGUUGGCGAAAUUGUAGAUAGUAAUCAUAUUAAGUCAAAUGAUACGUUUAGCAACACUUAUAAAAUCAUGCCAACAAUAGGUUCCACCAAAAAUUGGAUAGCAGUUGAAUCGAAACUUCCCCAUGCUCACGUUACAACAGAUUUUCUAUCAACGAAUAAUUAUAAAUUGGCUUCGAGUACUUUUCAAGACAACAUAAUGAAGGAGAGAAAUGUCUUUGCCAUCUAUGUUACUUACUAUAUUAAGAUUAAAUUGACCUUAAGCGCUCUAGGAGGUGACUUAUCAUUGAAACUGCCCUUUGUUCUUGGCUAUGUGGGAGAAGACGUCCAUCAUGCAAGCAGUACGCGAAGGAAUUCAGAAAAACUAUUGGAUGUUUUGGUUUCAAGAAAAAUUCCAUUAAAUAGAAUAAAUACAACAAAAGUCAACAAAGAAAAUAAGGUUUCUGAAAAUACUACUUCUCUAAAUGUACCAAAUGCUCCUCCAGAAGCAAAUGAAACUCAAGAAGAAGACGCUUCUCAAACACAACAAACUUCUCCUAACUCUACCUCUAUCAAAGUUGAAAUUCACAGGGAAAAUUAACAUUUUUUUUUUUAAUUUUCAAUUAGUUUGUUAAUAUCCUUUCCAAAACGCAUAAGACUGUCAUUAGAAGCAGUAAAUAAAAAUCCACAUGUACAACCAAAAUUAAUGAGAUUGCAAUCCUCUUUAGAUGCUUAAACUCAAGUCUUAAUAAAAUUU